AUGGACGACUUCAAGCCGGAGCUGCUCAAGGCGCUCCUUGACUGGGUCAACACCUUCGACCUGCCCUACAGAAUCACAACACUGAGCCAACUGGAAGAUGGCCAGAUACUAUGGCAAAUCCUCGCCGACAUCGACUCGGACUACUUCAACGAGUCCCUCCCCAACUUUGAAGAGACACACCACCGCAGACAGUCCAAGAUAGACAACUGGAUACCGCGAUGGCAGAACCUCAAGCACAUCGAGCGGGCCACGUCCAUGUACAUACGGGAGGAAUGCGAGCAGCUGCCCGUCCUCACCAAGCGCAUGAUUCCGGAUCUGAAGACGGGCGCACGGGAUGGAUCCACCAUGCUCGUCGCAAAACUCACAAUGGCCGUGUUGCUCGCCGCCUGCUUCUCGCCACGCAGCAACCAGCGAAUGUUGCAAGUCAUGCCCAAGCUGGGCACCAAGACCGCAGAGACGAUUGCCGAGGCCAUACAGGAAAUGCAGGCCUUGGACCAGAGAAUGUCAGAACUUGGCGUCGACGCAGAACUGACAGCCGAGCCGAAUCUCACUGGCUAUAGAACGCCCACACGAACACUUUCUGGCGCGCCAUCACCACCCGGGAACGAACUGGAGCAGGAGGCACAGUUGUUUGAAGCCAACAAGGACCGGCAAGCACUCAAAGUGCAGGUUGGGAAACUGAGCGAGGAGCUCAAAGUCUCGCGGGAGAGAAUCGCCAAGCUCGAAGAAGAGGUCGCGGAAGCAAGUGCAUAUCUGGACGUCCGGGCUGGCCAAGCACAACGCGCCGAAUCCGACGAUGUCGAAAACCUAAGGAACGACCUGCUACGGGACCGGCAAUAUAUCGAUCAACUGGAACAGGAUCUGGCCAACGCGAGGGACAUCAUGGACAGUCAGAAGCGCCGUCUCGACCGGUUACAGGGCGAGGAAGGAUCCAAGCAGGAACUGCGUGAUCAGUUGCAACUCAUCAAGGCCGAAAGGGAUGAGUUGAGCCAAAAAGCAAAGGCGAAUGAGAAUCUUAAGAAGAAGAUUGAGUCUCUGACCAAGGAGACUAAACAGCUCGAAACACUACGGGAAGACUACCAACAGGCCCGCGAACGGCUAGCACAGCUGGAAAGUGUCGAGGAACGGAAUGAAGUCUUGCAAAACAUCAUCAAGGAGAAUGGACAGACGCUUGCCAACGGUGAGCAGGCCAUAUUCGAAGAAAAGGGCAAACGGACACGGGUCGAACACGAGAACCUGCUCCUUAUGAAGCAGCUGGAACAGACACGCGAGUUACAGUACAAGGCCGAGGACGCAAAGCAGGAACUUGAAGAGCGGAUACGCGAGCUGGAAUCGUCGAAUCACGCAGACCGCGGCGAUAGUCUGGAAGACGAGCUCUCACAAGACGAAAACAACCAAGAAUCCGACACCAAGCCCGUUACCGAUGGACGUGUGAGCGCCGAUGCGAUUGCCCUACAACAACGAGUCGAUAUUCUCAAUGCUCGCCUGAAGUCGCUGGAAAGUGAGACACUUAAGCAGAUGCAGGAAAACCUAGGCCUACGAUCCGAUAUGAUGAUGGAAAAGGACGAGACAAGUCAAAAACCUUUCCUGGAGCAAAACGAGAAACUACAAACCGCACAGUCUGAACUAGAAGAACUCCGCCGCCGGUUACGUGAGCAAGACUUGAAAAUGGCCGAACUCCGCAAUGAACUCAACAGAACCGACGAUGUGCGAACAGCCAGUAUCCAGAAAGAACAUGAACGCCUGCUAGUACUGCAAGAACGAACCAACGACAGACUGCGAGAGCUUGAGCUUGCAAAUGCAGAAAAGUCCAGCCUCCUGCGAGCAGCUCUACUCGACCGCGAAAACCUUCCAGCUGAGCUUCUCGAGCUUAAGAGGGUCGAGACCAUACGCCAAAUGCGCGAACGGAUAGAAACAGUGAUCAAAGCACCUGGUGAAGCGCAGCCAAACGUGCUAGACAGCACGAGCUCGGAAAUUGCCGAGACUGUCCUGUCAGCAGAAGCGGCCCUGGACAAGGCCAAAAAGGUAAGCAGCGCGCAAAUCUCCCACAGCAAGUCCUCUUCCUCUGCGUUCGAUACUGCAAUUUCUACGAUGAGGCGACACCAGCUUGAGCCGUCGUUUACUGCUACCACACUCGUUUCACCUGCCUCGCCGCAAAAAGGCCAUUCGGGCAAGAACAAGUCAUUAUCUGAACUGUCUACUUCGACGGCUGGCACGGGACAAACUACCUGGGGUCGCAUAACGCAGUUAGUCUCGCCAAAACGGAAACCUGAGUCUGCGACACGUGGUACAGAGUACCUCACUACGACACGGACUUUGUCUGAUCGUGUGACGGCAACUAACACAUUACUGCAACAGGAUCUCCAAGACCAAGUCGAAGCAAACGGUACAUUACGAGAGCAGCUCGAGCUGGCCACCAAGGAGAGUGCCGAAAAGGGCUCGGCCGAACUCCAACGCGAAGUCGAGAACCUCCGUCGCGAAAACGCCCUCGUAAAGUCCAUGUGGUACGACAUGAACCAACGCCUCAUGAGCAACACCGUCAUCCUGCAAAGACGCUCCGAAGCACCCAAGGGCUGGCUCGGAAAACAGCGAGCCGCUGUUGGAGGAGGCGCAAGCGUCUUAGGCCGGAGAUAA